CCCUCUCUGCCCCCCCUCCCCCACCCCCAUCAUGCCCGUCCUCAAGAACCUCCCGUUGUGCCUGAAAGGCGGUGGUCCAACUCUCGACAACGCUUGGAUCCUGCGCAGGAUGAGCCUCAACAUCACCCCCCACCACAACCCCUUCGAGGACGACAGCAUCCAUGACAACAGUGGCCAUGGCAACCACUGGUCACCUGGCAGCUCGCUACUGGAUGGCGAGGUGCCGAGGGACCGCAACCCAUUCGAGGACGAAGAGGACGAGAACGAGGCCAAUGAAGGGAAGAAGGGAAGCGGAGGAGGAAGCACAGUGAAGGGUUCCUUCAAGUUCAAGUCUCCGCUGAAGAGUCUAGGAAAACUUGGGAAGGCGCUGAGAUCGUCCGGGAGGAGCAAAGGAAGUGCCACUCCCUCCCCACAGGGGUCACUGCAGGGAACGCCGUCACCUGCAGAGAAGAAGAAGAGAGGAAGGAGGAGCUCUGAAGGAAGUCUGCUCAGGUUUGCGGGAAAAUAUCGUGACACCCUGAGCUCCUACAAGGAUUCUUUCACCAACGGUGAGCUGAACUGCUCGGAGAACGAGUGCGACUCCAGCAGCCGCCGCCUGUCCUUCAUGAAGAUGGUCGGUCUGGGGAAGAUGAAGAGGGAGUCGAUGGCCGACCACUCGUCUCAGGGACCCGAGGAGCAGCCGAUGCAGGAGGAGGUGGUGGAGGAGGUCAAACCCAGAGAGCCGCUGUCAG